AUUAUUAACAUUUAUUAACGAUCAAUAAACUUGAUUGCAUUAUGGCCAGCACUAUUAAGGAAGCGUUAUCAGUCGUGAGUGAGGACCAGUCGUUGUUUGAGUGUGCCUACGGAACACCUCACCUGGCCAAGACGGAGAUGACUGCAUCCUCCUCCAAUGACUAUGGACAGACGUCGAAGAUGAGUCCGCGCGUCCCUCAGCAGGACUGGCUGUCUCAACCUCCAGCCAGGGUCACCAUCAAGAUGGAAUGCAACCCCAACCAGGUGAACGGCUCAAGAAACUCUCCUGACGAAUGCAGCGUGGCAAAAGGUGGGAAGAUGGUGGGCAGCCCAGACACGGUGGGCAUGAACUACGGCAGCUACAUGGAGGAGAAGCACAUUCCACCCCCAAACAUGACCACGAACGAGCGCAGAGUGAUCGUCCCCGCAGAUCCUACUCUGUGGAGUACAGACCACGUCCGGCAGUGGCUGGAGUGGGCAGUAAAAGAAUAUAGCCUCCCAGACGUGGACAUCCUAUUGUUCCAGAAUAUCGAUGGCAAGGAGCUAUGCAAGAUGACCAAAGAUGACUUUCAGAGGCUCACCCCGAGCUACAAUGCUGACAUCCUUCUCUCACAUCUCCACUACCUCAGAGAGACUCCCCUUCCACAUUUGACUUCCGAUGAUGUGGAUAAAGCCUUACAAAACUCUCCGCGGUUAAUGCAUGCUAGAAACACAGGGGGUGCAGCUUUUAUUUUUCCAAAUACUUCAGUAUAUCCUGAAGCUACGCAAAGAAUUACAACUAGGCCAGAUUUACCCUAUGAACCACCUAGGAGAUCAGCCUGGACCGGCCAUGGCCAUCCCACACCCCAGUCAAAAGCUGCUCAGCCAUCUCCUUCCACAGUGCCCAAGACUGAAGACCAGCGCCCUCAGUUAGAUCCUUAUCAGAUUCUUGGACCAACAAGUAGCCGCCUUGCAAAUCCAGGGAGCGGACAGAUCCAGCUCUGGCAGUUCCUCCUGGAGCUCCUGUCGGACAGCUCAAACUCCAACUGCAUCACCUGGGAGGGUACCAACGGGGAGUUCAAGAUGACAGACCCCGAUGAAGUUGCUCGGCGUUGGGGAGAACGGAAAAGCAAACCCAAUAUGAACUACGAUAAACUCAGUCGAGCUCUUCGUUACUACUAUGACAAAAACAUCAUGACCAAAGUCCACGGGAAGCGCUAUGCCUAUAAGUUUGACUUCCAUGGAAUCGCCCAGGCCCUCCAGCCCCACCCUCCAGAAUCAUCUCUGUACAAGUACCCCUCAGACCUCCCUUAUAUGGGGUCAUAUCACACUCACCCCCAGAAGAUGAACUUUGUGGCUCCCCACCCUCCAGCUCUACCCGUGACAUCGUCUAGUUUUUUUGCUGCCCCAAACCCCUACUGGAAUUCACCAACUGGAGGUAUAUACCCUAACACUAGGCUCCCCGCCAGCCAUAUGCCUUCUCACCUGGGCACUUACUAUUAAAGACCUG